AUGUUCAGUCACAAACUCAUGGACUUGGACAUCACACGGAAAUCUUUGUCCUGCUGCGGAUGUUUGCCACGUGAUGACAGCUUGGACAGUCCCACCGAGACCACCAAGUGUAAUGCUAAGGAGUACAAUGGGGUCAAAAAGGGCAAAGAUUCAAAGAAGAAAAAGGGAAAAUUUGGCUCAUGUAGCACAAUCUCUGGAAAGAUUGAAAGUGAAGGCAGUGCAUAUGCCUAUCAAGAUGAUGAGACAUCCAGUGAUAGUGAUGAUGAGGUACUUAAACGGUAUCAGAGCACCCUCGCCACAACACACAGUAUACGGCGCACAGAUACGUCACAGAGUGUACGCAGCUGUAAGAGUGUAAAAAGUUCUAAAAGUAGGAAAAGUAUAACAGAGAAAAGCUACCUCUCUCCAAAAGACAAAGUAUCACUGGUGCAUGAGGGGGAGACAGGGUCGUCAAUGGAGGAAGUACCACAGACCCCACGGGACUCAAGUGAUGAGGAGAGUGUCCCUCAAACCCCCAAGGGCAGCAGUGAGGGAGGGAAGAGGAGCAGUCGUGCCGGAAGUGGAGCAGUUUCCCCAGAACCUUCUACAGCCUCACUCUCACCAAAGGGCUCACAGACGCAACUAACAUUUGACAAUCAGGCCUACCAGGGAGAGAUCAUUUCACCUUCUGCUUCAGGCAGUGAGCAAAUAUCUCUUGUUGGAGGAAUGUCUGCAGACGAACACUUGUUUGAUGUCAGUGAUCUACAAAAGGAACCUCCAUUAAUCUCUAAGUGUGGCAGUUUAGAAAUGACAUUUUCAUAUGACCCUAAACGAGGGCGUAUGGCGGUAACAAUACACCAGGCACAGGAGAUUCCCAGUAAGGAAAGAGGCGGAGCAAGUAAUACACAGGUCCGCCUCCUACUCCUCCCCUCAAAGAAACACCGUUUUAAAACCAAGGCAAAGCCAGGCGAAAACCCUAUGUUCCAGGAGACAUUCUUAUUCACCAAAAUUCCACAAGAAGAAGUACAUGGGUAUGGAAUCCGGAUACGACUGUAUGGUUUGGAGCGGAUGAGAAGGGAGAGGAUGAUUGGAGAGAGCAUCAUUGGCUUUGCUUCUCUGAACCUGGAGAUGGCAUGUACCCAUUGGGUGAUUCUGGAGCCCCGCAGUAAUCUCAGUGGUGGUGACUCCAGGUUUGAUGUCUCAAGUUUAUCACGCAGUGACAGUGCUUCAUCUACACAGUCCAUGCAGCAUGGAGGCAUGCCUGAACUGUUACUAGGUCUUGCUUACAACGGCACCACAGGUCGCCUGUCUGUUGAGGUCAUCAAGGGCAGUAACUUCAGGAAUAUGGCCAUGAACAGGGCCCCAGACACAUAUGUUAAGUUGACAUUGAUGUCACCUACUGGACAGGAGGUAGCACGCAGUAAGACAUCCAUCAGGCGUGGCCAACCUAACCCACUGUUUAAAGAAACAUUCAUGUUUCAAGUGGCACUAUUCCAGUUGGCUGAGGUCACCCUUAUGGUGUCUGUCUAUAAUAAGCGUAGUAUGAAGAAGAAGGAUAUGAUUGGAUGGUUUUCUAGUGGUCUGAACAGCAGUGGAGAUGAGGAGCUUUCUCAUUGGACAGAUAUGAGAGAAAGUAAAGGAGAUCAAGUUUGUCGAUGGCAUGUCCUCUUAGAAUCGUGAUUCAUCCUCUUGUCCCCAGUCAGCAUUUAUUGGCACCAUCUGGACCACAGAGCCACUGCCUCACA